GGGGUGGGGGUGGGGGGUGGAGUCUGGGCAGGGAAGUCCGCUGCCGGGCUCCUGGGGACUGGGGGCGAGCUCAUGCACUGGGGGGGUCUCAUCAGCCUGUGUGUUCCUCGCAGACGCAGACUGUCCAGCUCAACAAAGAAAUGACGCUCGCCAGCAACCGGAGCCUGGCAGAGGGAAACCUUCUGUACCAGCCCCAGCUGGACGCCCGGAAAGCGUGUUUGACCCAGAAAUACCAGGAGCUGCAGGUUCUCUUUGAAGCCUAUCAGAUAAAGAAGACUAAAUUAGAUAAGCAGUCCAGCAGUGCUUCCUUGGAGACCCUGCUAGCGCUUCUCCAAGCAGAAGGGGCCAAGAUUGAGGAGGACACUGAGAACAUGGCCGAGCAGUUUCUGGACGGAGAACUUCCUCUGGACUCCUUCAUCGACGUCUACCAGAGCAAGCGGAAGCUGGCGCACACGCGGAGGGUGAAGAUCGAGAAGCUCCAGGAGAUGGUGCUGAAGGGGCAGAGACCCCCGCAGGCCCCGGCCCCGCUGCCACCCCGGGUGGCCGAACAGGCGUCCGCCCCAGAGGCCAGCGGGCCCCCUUCUGUCGCGCCUCGGCGCAUCCCGCCACCGCCCCCCCAGGUGCCUGCAGGACGCUUAGCCACCCCCUUCACCGCCGCCACAGGCGCGGGACAGGCCGCUCCAUACGCAGGAUUACCGUGCCCGCCCCUGCCUCCCCGCGGGGGCCUCCCUCCACAGCCCGGGUUCUCCGCACAGUUCGUGUCGCCGUACCCACCGGCUCUCCCUCAGAGACCCCCGCCCCGGCUGCCUCCGCACCAGCCAGGCUUCAUCCUGCAGUGAGCGCCACGCCGUCCUGCUGGGAGACGCCCUCCGCCCGCUGUGCUGGGCUGCGAGGCGGCCGUGGGCCCAGCUGCUGUGCCGGGGGCCAGGCGCUCCGGGCCAGCGUCCAUUCUAGAACUGUAGGGCAGUGGUGAGUAGAAGUAGAAACCCAGGCUCUGCGUCGAGGCCGUGUUUGUGUGCCCUGCGUCUUGACGGUUUGCCUUCUGGUGUGGCCGCCGCCGUCAUGUCGACCGGCUCGUGCGUUUGGGAGGGGACGGCCGGUCUCCCAGUUCCCCCCUGGAGUCGUGGUCCUCCCGUCUGAGCUGGACUUCGUAAGCAUGGUUAAUUUAUGUUUCAUCUGCGAAUGAGGGUUCCGCGUGCCCCGGCCCGGCGUCGGCCAGCCUGGAAGGUGCGGCUGUGGCUGGGCUCUGCCGCAUGGCUCUGCUGUUCCCUGAGGCGGAGUGGGACAGGUGCCGCAGGCCCCACCCACCCAGCCACCCCGGCAGAGGUGACUCGGCCACAGCCAUGCCCAAAGGCCGGGCGCGAGGAGCCAGGGUGAGUGGGACGUGGCACCGGGGAUCGUGCCCAGCCCCUCGCGCCUCGCGCCAGCCCCAGGAUUUCUAUGAAGAAAUGCUCCCUCAGUAUUUUUACUACAUGUGAAGUUCUCCUGUUUUAUAUUUGGAAAGAAACCUUUUUGACAUAAGACCAUUCAGGGAAACUUUUAAAAAAUGCAAAUAUUGUUUGGCCAGAUUGAAAAGCAGAUAAGAAAUGAAAGCAACUUCCUUCUGUGCGAGCAGUGCACGGUCGUGCCUGCGGUGCCGUGCUGUGCCUUAGCUUCCCUGGCGCCAGGACUGGGACGCCCGCAGGGGCUGGCGCCCUGGUGGCUCUGUGUUCGUGGAAGGGCUCGUCCACGCGUGUUGUCUUAGUACAGGAAGUCUGGCCGCCUCGAACCAGGAAACGCUUAGCCCGUGUUCUCUGCCUCUGGCUGGCUGGCAGCCGGACUCAGGAAGUGCUGGGCAGGGGGACGCAGGCUCUUCCUGCCCCCUGGGGUCUCCCCUGCUGGUGCCACGUGUGCAGAACCCCAGGCCCCCGCUGGGGUGGGGGUGCACCACACACCUGUCAACAAGGAAGCCUGGCACGGGCCCCUGGGCGGGACUUGUGGCUCCACUCUGUCACUGUCACCUGUCAGGCAGCCAAGGCCCUGGCCCGGGACCAGCAGGCUGCCAUGCAGGGUGACAGAAUCGAGCCAGCUGAAGCGGGCCUGUCCCAGUGGUUCCUUGUCCGUACACUCCUGGUCCUCGACUCCAGCUCUGUCGUGACUGUUUAAAACAGAGCCGUGUAGGAUGGCUCACUGCCAUGCCCAUCACGUGGGCUUGCCAUGUUCUGUGAAUCUCAAGUGAGCGGUGCCACACUCUCCCCCACACCUCUGCCGCUGGCCUCCGUCGGGAACGCCCACAGCCCGGCCUCACCGCCCCUGUGCAGGGCUGCGUGUGGCACUGUGGUUGUAAAGCCGCGGGACCCUUUUUAAUAAACAGAAUCGUUGGUAA